AUGGCCGAUCAAGACCCCACAGCGCAGUCAAACCAGGCCGCCGAGUCAAGCAGCAGCAGCAGCGGCUCAACCCAAGCAGCAGCAACCGCAGCAGUCGACUCGUCCCCCCCCACCACCACCACUGACCCCCCCUCUUCUUCAUCAACCUCAUCUCCAUCCCCAGCCUCACCCCCCCAGACAUGCUCCCACUGCUCCAAAGCAGCGUCGUCCUCGUCCGGGGAGGGGGAGGGGGAGAAGGAGAAGGAGAAGGAAGGGGCUGAGAAGCCGCUCAAGCCAUGCACCAAGUGCCAGAGCGUGCGGUACUGCUCGCGCGACUGCCAGAAGGCGGAUUUCAAGAGGCACAAGCGGGAGUGCGCGCGCGCGGCGCAGGUGUACGCCCAGCGGGCGGAUAUCAGGAUGGCGGUGCCGGGGAGGGCGCCGAGGGAGGGCUUUCGGGGCGGCUUGCAGAAGUGGCAGUUUGAUACGUAG